AUGAAUACAACCAGUAAAAGACUUAGUGCAACUGUUUCCCUUAGUGCAUCUUACCUUGCAGUCCUUCUUGUGGCAAUAUUCCUAAGCACCUUCGUAAUGAACAGGAACACACCAAAGUGCAUCCCAGUGGUGCACAUUGCAGAACCAUCUUAUGCCAUAUUUACACCAAACAUAGACAUAACAAGCACAAUGAACUAUAAUGUAAAAGAGGCAUUUAUAUAUCUGGUGCACCAGAUAGAAAUAAAGGGCGUUGAGUUAGAGCAAGUCGUAUGGAGUACUCUUGCAAAAAAAGAAAAGAACUAUGUUCUAAUUAAAGAGUGCAAGGCUAAGUCAAAUGAUGCAAAUAAGCCACUUACUAAGGGUAAAUUCAUUCUGAAGGGAUCUUACUUCCCGUAUAUUGGAGUUAUUAAAAGUAAAACAUUUGCAGAGUUUCCUUGUAAAGUAAAAUAA